AUCUGGAGAGCAUUCUGCCAUUCGACCCUGGCUUCCCCAGCACCAUGAUCGGCGAUGGGCUAAAGCACAGCAACCUCAUCGCAUCCGUCGCUCAUUUCGAUCGCCUGCCUAUCCCCCAGGCCAUCCGCCACGGCAAGGAGUAGAUAUUCUACACCAAAACCGGUACAAAACACAAUGUAUUCUUGCUAUCGAACAAAUGUCGCACAUCAUCGUGUCAAGAUUGCUUCGAUUUUGAGUUACGGCCAGGAUUUGGUGACGGCCAGCCUGGUCAGAAAUUUAGAUGUGUGGACCGCCGGUACCGGACUCAAAAUCUCUCUGCGGUCGUACUUGUCCCUCCACCGUUCAGUGCUUCCUUCAGCGCUGACUGGCAGUUCAGGUCGCAAUUUAAUCCCAAUGGAUUCGAUCGCAGCUGAGAAAAUUAGGAUUCGGUUUCUACUGUGGUGUUGAUCAAGGAUGGCCCUGGGAUUUUCUGCAGGACUGAUGCACCAGCACACUUCGAAGCAUAUAAGUAGAUGAUGUUUGAACUCACGCCAGCAGCCAGGAAAUUAAAGCCUGACUUGGGUCGGUCUGGCCUCUUGACAAAUGCUGGCUGAGCGCUUCAAGUAGCAAGUAUGUAAAGGAAGUAGAAGAUUGGGGUAAAAUCGAAACGCAGCCCCAAGUGUCGCAUGAAUUUAUUUGUUUGUGAAGCGA